CACCACCUUGUUUGACGGCAGCAAUACCAACACCUCUCAGUAGGGUUUCUUGCCCCUCAGCCCACCCAGUCAAUACCUUCUUGUCUCUAGGAAUCAUGUCCGCAACUCCACCAAUCCCGUCCCCAGGAUCUUCCAAACCUUCCUCCCCACGGUCCGCCUCCCGCAAUCUCGGACUUAACACCAGGCAAGCCAGUCGGCCCCAGAUCGGAGCCAGAAGAGAUACCAAUAAUGGCUCAGAGUCACCGGCGGCAACGGCUCCAAUUCCCGAUGAGGAUCACGGCGCAGAACUGCCGUUGACAAUGACGGCAUCCGUCAUUCUCACCGGGCUACCGAAAGAUGCGCAUCGAGCAUUGGCGGAUGUGGAAGCGAUUGAUGCGGGGAAAGUAACCGUCCGUUUCCACCCUCUCCCUUCAGCUCCAAUCCUCAGAAACCGGGUAUUCAAAAUCAGCGCCUCCCAGAAAUUCGAAACUGUCGUUCGAUUCCUGCGCAAGAAGUUAGAUUGCUCGGAAUCGGACUCAGUGUUCUGCUAUGUCAACAGCGUGUUUGCACCGGGACUGGACGAGAGUGUGGGCGGGCUUUGGAGGUGCUUCAAAACUGAUGAUCAACUGAUUGUUUCUUAUUCUAUGACCCCAGCAUUCGGGUGAGAGGUCCGGGGGUUAGGUUAAAUUAGGAUUCAAUGAUUCUGCAGCAAUUACUGCUACUGGCGCUUGGGGUUGUCUAUCUCCCGAUCGUCUUCCAAUUUGGAAUCGCAUAUACGGGGCAAAGGAACAGCACCCUCGCGGUCAGUUAACGUGCAUUGGAAUCAGUCUUGCUGGUAUGACACCUGCAUCCCCGCAGGAGACUGAAUAAUAAAGAUAAAGUCUGAGCUCCAGGGAGAAUGCAAAAAUGAUGACAGCAUACGAAGUUAUCAAGAGGGUUUGUUACAAAUGUUAUAACACCACCCCCCCAAAUAGCCUGGUUAUUCCGGCACCCCUCCGCGAAAUAUCAACCUAAAAUAACCUGUUAUUGUAUGCAUGUAUAUAACAGUGA